AUGGCGUUCAACAAAACAAACUACGGUUGCUACUUCUUCAAUCAUGCAGAAAUAAUAGCCAUCCAUGAAGCAAGUCGAGAAUGCGUGUGGUUGAGAUCAGUAACUCAACACAUCCAAGAAGCAUGUGGUCUUCCCUUAAAAGAAGACAUGUCAACCACAUUAUAUGAAGACAAUGUUGCGUGUAUAGCUCAACUAAGAGGAGGAUACAUCAAAGGAGAUAGAACAAAACUUAUUUCACCAAAAUUCUUUUUUACUCAUGAUCUACAAAAGAAGGGUGAAAUAGAUGUUCGACAAGUUCGUUUCAGUGAUAAUUUAGCAGAUAUAUUCACCAAGGCAUUACCAACGUCAACCUUUGAGAAGCUGAGAUACAAGAUUGGAAUGCGUUAUCUUCUAGAUAUUAAGUAA